AUGCAUCGCACCACGAUGGCAAUUACCGCGGUGCUGGUGCUGACCGUGACUGGCACAGCCCACGCGUGGGGAGGACUUUUCAACCGGUUCAGCUCUGAGAUGCUGGGCGCCAAUUUGGGCUACGGAAGGACCGGCUAUCGUCAUUACCCUUAUGCGCAGGAGCCGGAGGAAGUGUACGCAGAAGCCUUGGAAGGUAACCGCAUCGAUGAUGGUAUAGAUGAAGCGGCUCAUUGCUACUCAGCUCCUUGUGCUACCAACGGAGACUGUUGCCGUGGCCUGCUGUGUCUGGAUACCGAGGACGGAGGACGCUGUCUGCCGGCGUUUGCAGGAAGAAAAUUCGGUGAGAUAUGCAACAGAGAAAACCAAUGUGAUAAUGGACUGGUCUGCGAGGAAGUUGUACCUGGAGAAAUGCACAUCUGCCGUCCACCAUCAGCUGGUCGCAAGCAGUACAACGAAGAUUGCGAAUCUUCAGGUGAAUGUGAUAUCACGAGGGGUCUGUGCUGCAUCAUGCAACGUCGCCACCGUCAGAAGCCUAGGAAGAGCUGUGGAUAUUUCAAAGAACCUCUCGUCUGCAUUGGUCCAGUGGCUAUUGAUCAGAUCCGUGAAUACGUUCAGCACACCGCCGGCGAGAAACGUAUUGGCAACGUCUACAAAUUCCAUUAA